AUGAUUGCUCAAUUGUCUGGGACUUCUCGGGGAGCUGCCCUCGUUGGCGUUGGUUCUGGUUGCAACCGGUUUUUCCAUCAUUCUGUCUGUAGUAAAUCUUCAAUAUCAUCAACAGACACUUCAAGGACAAAGACAAUAACAACAACAACGACACCGACUAAAGAUUUGGAGUUUCCCCAGUUCGAUACCAUAGGAAACCCAUCUACUUUAAUGUUAAUCCAGUCUCCGCCUUCUAUUCCAGUCCAUUUCCGUAAGGACUCGCUUGUAUCACUCUACUUCCCUGACCAGAGCUUUGGCACCUCAUCGCCGCUCAGCGAUCUUAUCACCAGUGAAUUGAACUAUUCUAGCAUAAUCAAUAGUAUUUUUAGUCUUUCGAGGCCAAUUAGCUACCAAAAAAUGAUUUCUACCGUGCCGUUCAAUGCAGUGAUCAAUGGUAAUGGGCACGAUUCAACUUUCAAAACUUUUUACAAUUUAGAACUAGACGGUACUAGCGAUUGGGCAAUUCUCCCUCACGGGGCAAUUCAAGCAUACACCGGUUCGAAUCUCAUCAUUAAAAAUAAAUUCCAGCCGGCCAAAGUUUCCAGAAAGCUUUGGAAGAUUUUACAAAAAAACAAGAACAACACUGGCAGUACAGGGUUGAGCAAGUAUCAACUUUAUAACUUUAUUUCGGGAAGAGGUAGUGUUGGCUUGGUUGGCAAUGGUGAAAUCAUUGAACUUGAUUUACAAUAUGGGGAAUCAGUGGUGAUUAACAAGGACCAUUUAUUGGGGUUACAGAUUGAUGGAAUCAAUGAUUUGAAUAAUUUGGUAUAUCAAGAACCAUUGUUGAAUAAUAUGGGUACCACUGUCCCACAACUAACUGCAGGUGCUAGGGUCUCCAGUUGGGGAAAAUUGAAAGGGUUGUUUUCUGCAUUGAAGCCUGUACCGGCCGAUUCUAAAUCGGUUGUAGAGGUUAAUAUAACAAAGAAUCGCCAAGUGGACCAAUUUUUGACGAGUAUAAAGAAGUUAUCCCUCAUCAGCUGGAAUAUUAUUAGUAAGUCAUUCAGUGGUAUGGCGAAGUUUGGUGCAAACCUUAUGACAUCUGACGUCAAAUAUAUUACGGUGAUGGGGCCAACGAAAAUCUUGCUUCAAUCGAGUGCGAAGUCUGUUAGAUUGGCGUCUUCAAGCUCGAAAUUUUCAGCCUCAGGAUUGGCUGGUACAUUUUCGAGGUCUCUUCAUAACACAAGCCCAGAUACUACUGGUGGUAAAGCUGAAGAUGCCGAGCUCUUGCCGGUGAAGAAAGAAGAUAUGUUGAGUUAUGUUAGUAUUCUGAAUGGGAAAGCGGUAUUUGAAAGCACUGAAAGCUUCCAGGAAACUGUUAAUAGUAUUGAGGCAAAGAAUCCUAAUCUCAAAAAGUGA